GUAAAUAAAUAAAUAAAUUACAUCACUCUCUCUCUAGAAUAACUCCGUCUAACACAAACCCUAACACUUAUCUUUCAUCGUCACCCUUCUCUUCCAUUUUCUCUCACUAAAAGACCGAAUCUGCUCCUCAGCAAUGGCUUCUCGGAGGCUGAUAGCCUCACUUCUCCGAUCCUCCGCCGCCCGCCGCCCUACAUCUCCGUUCUGUUCAUCCCCGAAGCCCAGGCCCCGGCCGUCUCCGACCGGGCAUUUUCUUCAUCGCUUCGCUGCUCACUACGCCUCAUCGGCAGCUGCGGCGGAAUCUCCACCCUCCAAGGCGGCGCCUAGCGGCGGUCUCGGUGGGAAAAUCACGGAUGAGUUUACUGGUCAAGGCGCAAUCGGAAAGGUGUGCCAGGUUAUCGGCGCCGUCGUUGAUGUGAGGUUCGACGAUGGUUUGCCCCCGAUUUUAACGGCGCUGGAGGUUUUGGAUAACCAGAUCAGGCUAGUUCUGGAGGUAGCUCAGCACUUGGGUGAAAAUGUGGUGAGGUGUAUUGCUAUGGAUGGUACUGAAGGUCUGGUUAGAGGACAGCGCGUGCUCAACACCGGCUCGCCGAUUACUGUGCCUGUUGGUAGAGCCACUCUGGGUCGCAUUAUCAAUGUUAUUGGAGAGCCUAUUGACGAGAGAGGCGAUAUUAAGACGGAACACUUUUUACCCAUUCACCGUGAAGCUCCAGCCUUUGUGGAGCAGGCUACAGAACAACAAAUUCUUGUCACUGGUAUUAAGGUUGUCGACCUUCUUGCACCUUACCAGAGAGGUGGAAAGAUUGGCCUUUUCGGCGGUGCUGGUGUUGGGAAGACUGUUCUUAUCAUGGAACUUAUCAACAAUGUUGCGAAAGCCCAUGGUGGUUUCUCAGUCUUUGCUGGUGUAGGAGAACGUACACGUGAGGGAAAUGAUUUAUACAGAGAAAUGAUUGAAAGUGGUGUCAUCAAGCUAGGUGACAAGCAGGCUGAUAGCAAAUGUGCCCUAGUCUAUGGGCAAAUGAACGAGCCCCCGGGUGCCCGUGCUCGUGUUGGACUCACUGGAUUGACUGUGGCUGAACACUUCCGUGAUGCUGAAGGACAGGACGUGCUUCUCUUCAUUGACAACAUUUUCCGUUUUACUCAAGCUAACUCAGAAGUGUCUGCUUUGCUCGGACGUAUUCCCUCGGCCGUCGGAUAUCAACCUACACUUGCUACGGAUCUUGGAGGCCUUCAAGAGCGUAUUACUACGACAAAGAAGGGUUCUAUCACAUCUGUCCAAGCCAUAUAUGUGCCUGCUGAUGACUUGACGGAUCCUGCCCCUGCUACUACAUUCGCUCACUUGGAUGCCACUACUGUGUUAUCGAGACAGAUUUCUGAGCUUGGUAUCUAUCCUGCUGUGGACCCUCUGGACUCAACGUCCCGCAUGCUUUCUCCUCAUAUCCUAGGAGAGGGGCAUUACAACACUGCACGUGGUGUGCAGAAGGUUCUUCAGAACUAUAAAAAUCUUCAGGAUAUUAUUGCCAUUCUGGGAAUGGAUGAGCUUAGUGAAGAUGACAAAUUGACUGUUGCCCGUGCUCGGAAAAUCCAGCGUUUCCUGAGCCAGCCUUUCCAUGUUGCCGAAGUUUUCACGGGUGCACCUGGGAAGUAUGUUGAGCUGAAGGAGAGUAUUAACAGCUUCCAGGGAGUUUUGGAUGGGAAAUAUGACGAUCUUCCAGAACAAUCAUUUUACAUGGUUGGAGUCAUCGCCAUGUCUUCUCGGAGGCUGCUGGCCUCAUUUCUCCGUUCCUCUGCCGCCCGACGCCCUAGAUCUCCCUUCUGUUCAGCCCCCAAGCCCACUCCCCGGCCGUCUCCCACCGGCCAUUUUCUUCAUCGCUUCGCUGCUCACUACGCCUCAUCGGCAGCUGCGCCGGCACCUCCGACCUCCAAGGAGGCUCCUAGCGGCGGUCUCGGUGGAAAAAUCACGGAUGAAUUCACCGGUCAAGGCGCGAUCGGGAAGGUGUGCCAGGUUAUCGGCGCCGUCGUUGAUGUGAGGUUCGACGAGGGGUUACCCCCCAUUUUGACGGCGCUGGAGGUUUUGGAUAACCAGAUCAGGCUUGUUCUGGAGGUAGCUCAGCACUUGGGUGAAAAUGUGGUGAGGUGUAUCGCUAUGGAUGGUACUGAAGGGCUGGUUAGAGGCCAGCGUGUGCUCAACACUGGCUCACCGAUUACUGUUCCGGUUGGUAGAGCUACUCUAGGUCGCAUUAUCAAUGUCAUUGGAGAGCCUAUCGAUGAGAGAGGCGAUAUAAAGACUGAACACUUCUUGCCGAUUCACCGUGAAGCUCCAGCGUUUGUUGAGCAAGCUACAGAACAGCAAAUUCUUGUCACUGGUAUCAAGGUUGUCGACCUUCUUGCACCUUACCAGAGAGGAGGAAAGAUUGGGCUUUUCGGUGGUGCUGGUGUCGGGAAGACUGUACUUAUCAUGGAACUUAUCAACAACGUUGCAAAAGCUCAUGGUGGUUUCUCUGUCUUUGCUGGCGUAGGAGAACGUACCCGUGAGGGUAACGAUUUAUAUAGAGAAAUGAUUGAAAGUGGUGUCAUCAAGCUAGGUGAUAAGCAGGCUGAUAGUAAAUGCGCCCUAGUCUAUGGCCAAAUGAACGAGCCCCCGGGUGCCCGUGCUCGUGUUGGACUCACUGGAUUGACUGUGGCCGAACACUUCCGUGAUGCAGAAGGGCAGGACGUGCUUCUCUUCAUUGACAACAUUUUCCGUUUUACCCAAGCUAACUCAGAAGUGUCUGCUUUGCUUGGACGUAUUCCUUCGGCCGUCGGAUAUCAACCAACACUGGCUACAGAUCUUGGAGGCCUUCAAGAGCGUAUUACUACGACUAAGAAGGGUUCUAUUACAUCUGUCCAAGCCAUAUAUGUGCCUGCUGAUGACUUGACGGAUCCCGCUCCUGCUACUACAUUCGCUCACUUGGAUGCCACCACUGUGUUAUCGAGACAGAUUUCGGAGCUUGGUAUCUACCCUGCUGUGGACCCUCUGGAUUCAACAUCCCGCAUGCUUUCACCUCAUAUCUUGGGAGAAGGGCACUACAACACUGCCCGUGGUGUGCAGAAGGUUCUUCAGAACUACAAGAAUCUUCAGGAUAUUAUUGCCAUUCUGGGAAUGGAUGAGCUUAGUGAAGAUGAUAAAUUGACCGUUGCCCGUGCUCGGAAGAUCCAACGUUUCUUGAGCCAACCUUUCCAUGUUGCGGAAGUUUUCACGGGUGCACCUGGGAAGUAUGUUGAGUUGAAGGAGAGUAUUAACAGCUUCCAGGGAGUCUUGGAUGGGAAAUACGAUGAUCUUCCGGAACAGUCGUUCUACAUGGUUGGAGGUAUCGAUGAGGUGAUUGCCAAGGCCGAGAAGAUUGCCAAAGAAUCUGCAGCUUAGAAUUACAUGUCAAACACUUCUUUCAGUGUCUCCUUCGUCUUUUGUUCCGCUAUAUGGAUAAUCGCGAAAAUAAAAUAACUCUUGGCUUUGCCAAAAUUUGAGAUGUUACUUCUCUUGGGCGAACAAAUUUCGCCUUCACUGUUUUUAGGCGUCGUGCGGGCAAUGAUACUAAUGUUUUACGGAUAUGUGCCUCCUAUCAGAAGCCCCUUUUCUCUUGUCGUUUGAGCCAAUAAGCGUGUAUAAUUUUUUUAGCCUCAUCAGACUCAUCAUUGACACCAUCUUUGUUAUCAAUCAUCGAAUGAUAGACUGGUUUUUGGGUGGAGCCGCAUCUAAUUAGCCUGACAGGCUUCAAAACAUUCUUGAUAAUACCAUAUUUGGAUUAUAUAAUUGAUCAACCAAAAAAUAAAUAAAUAAGUAAAAAUUUCUCAAAUUGGA